AUGCUGGUAAAUCAAGAGUCUCUGGUUCUUGAAACCUUGGAUGACUUGGCAGCCACGCGAACGCGUAAAGCGUGUUUAGAAGAUCUGACUCGAUUCGAUUUAAUCCCCACUCAUCUCCAUUCUCUCACCUAUUCUACCUCUCAACGACUCACAAGUAAAUACAUCAUGGAUUACGGCAAUAGCUAUGGCGGAGGGGGUUACACCUACGGGGCAGGCGGUGGAGCAGGCGCAGGAGGAUUUUCUACCAACUACGGCGGUUCGCAGGGUGGGAGUCAAGCUAGUCCAGGUGGAAGUGCUUCACGCGGAAGUCGUUCUGCGAGCACUCUUCGUCCUGUCACAAUUAAACAGGUACUUGAGGCCACCCAGCCUCAUCCGGAAGCUGAAUUUAAGAUCGAUGACGUUGAGCUAACUCAGCUCACCCUUGUUGCACAAAUUCGUGCCGUCAGCGAGCAAGCAACGAACCAUACCUAUAAGAUGGAUGAUGGCACUGGCACCCUGGAAGUUAAGCAAUGGGUUGAAGCCACCGCUGUUCCUGAUGGGCCUUCCCAAAAGCUUCAGCCAAACCAAUAUGUCCGGAUUCUGGGUACCCUCAAAGCCUUCGGUGGCAAACGCCACCUCGGUGCCCAUCAUAUACGUCCCAUCACGGACUUCAAUGAAAUACACUACCACCUUCUAGAGGCUACGGCAAUUCAUUUGCACUUGACAAGAGGCCCCCCCGAGCAAUUUGGACAAACGACCGGUGUGAUGGGACACCAGAUGCAUGACCAAGGGCGAGAUGUCGCGAUGAGUGGUAUGGGUGCGGCGGUCAGAGGCGGAGGAGGGGCCUACUACUGCCCACCUAAUGCCAGCCCGCAUUGUAGGAGGAUCCUUGAUGUGGUCCGGUCCAAACCGCAACACACAGAUGGAACACAUGUCAACACCAUCGCGCAAAUGUGUGGCUUAUCCUUGACUGAUGUCGAAAAAGCCAUCUACGAAUUGACCGAGGCCGGGAUUGCGUAUACGACAAUAGAUGAUAGUCAUGUCACGAUAUUGGAAGAACAAACCUAAAAAAAUGAUGGUUUCCCUACUUCCUACCCGCAUUAGCCGGCGAUAUUUUGUUAUACUUUUCUUCUUUCCUCUUGCCCUUCGUUUUUCGUUUUUCCGGGUUACGACUGGGUAGUGAUGGGAAAAUAUCUAAUGUAACGGUAGUCUAUGAGAAGAAAAAUUCAUCACGAUAAGAGCAAGGGGGUGCCAUAACGUAAUUUACGGGGGAACCUACAAGUCUAAAGGUUUAUUAUGAUAGGCAGUGCCCUAAAGUACAGUACAAUAUCUAGCACAAUAUCUAGUAUCUCGGGUUAGAUAAUCUAUCCCUUCGUUUAAGAAAAGCCAUUUGU